GGAGGAGGAGGAGGAGCCGCCGCAGCCCGAGCGGCCAUCGCAGGAGGAGGAGGAGGAGAAGGAGGAGGACGGAGACGCCGGCGCCCCUAGUCCGCCUUUGCCUCCAGGGCUCCCCCUCCCCCCAGCAUCUCCAUGGCCUCCCGCAUCCUGCACCGCCUGAGGCAUGCACUGACCGGAGAGGGCGAGCGGGACGGGUUAGCCGGCUGCAGCUCGGAAGCGGAAGAGUUCCCAGAAAGCUCCGAGCUGGAGGAUGACACUGAGGGCCUCUCCACGCGGCUCAGCGGGACGCUGAGCUUCACCAGCAACGAUGAGGAGGAAGAGGAGGAUGAGGACAUUGGCGUGGCUGGGCAAGCGCAGCCCCCAGAGCCGGACCUGCUGGGCGAAGACACGGAGGACGCAGAGCACAGCCCCCCGACGGAGCGCAGGGGCAGCAACCUGCUCACCCGGCAGCUGCAGGAGCUCUGGAGGAAAUCGCGGGGCAGCUUCGUGCCCCAGCGCCUCCUGUUCGAGGUCACCAGCGCCAACGUGGUCAGCGAGCGGAACUCCAAGUACGUGCUCUACACCGUCUACUUGAUCCGCGCGGGGCAGUUCGACAAGGCGCCUGCCUGCAUCUCCCGCCGCUACUCUGACUUCGAGCGGCUGAACCGGCACCUGCGCCGGCACUUCUGCGGCGACAUGGCGGGCGUCUCCUUCCCCCGGAAGCGGCUUCGGCGCAACUUUGCGGCCGAGACCAUCGCCAAGCGCAGCCGCGCCUUCGAGCAGUUCCUGUCCCACCUGCAUUCGCUGCCGGAGAUCCGACGCUCGGCCGACUACCUGGAGUUCUUCUUCCUGCGCGACCUGCAGGCGGCGCAGUGCCUGACGUGCUCCGGGAGGUACCCAGAGGCCCUGGCAGCCUGGGCCAACGCCCACCAGCUGCAGGAGAGGCUGGGCGCCUGCCGCUCGGGCCACUUCCUGCUGACGCUGGCCGGCCUGGCUGUCUGCCACCAGGAGCUUGGCCAGGCCGGGGAGGCGCACGCUGCCUGCGAACGGGCCCUGUGUCUCCUGGAGGCCCAGGACAGUCACCCUCUGCUGGCCCCCUUCCUGCAGGCCCACAUCCGCCUCUCCUGGGUGCUGGGCAGGGACAAGCGCCAGGCCGAGGCCCGGCUGCAGCGACUGCAGGAGGCUGGCGGGGCGGAGAUGCACCCGCCCACACUGAAGGAACUGCUCAUCAAACAGCCCCUGCCCUGAGGAGGCCAACUGGCUUCACUUUGGAUCGUGGGAUGGGAAAUGGGAGGGGAGCAGCCCAGGCAGAAAUCGGACUGUUGUCCCUCCCAAGGACCACCCUGCCCCUGCGAGGAACAGCUGCUGGGGCUGUUUAUUUGGGGCUCCGUAGAGGAAUUAGAUGCCUCCCUGGCUUCUGAAAGGGACUCCUUUGUAAUACUUGAAUGCCUGAUGGGAAAAAGGGAUAGUAGCAUCUACCUGCCAUGUUUGUCUGACACUAAUAGCUGUUCCGGUAGGCAGAGGGGUACAGCUCCCGCCCCAAGUGGAAGCCUGGGGGUCUCCAGAGGUGGGUGCUGCUGUUGCUGCUAGUUGGGAGUUCCAGCCUACUGGGGAGAGGGGAGCUGAGGUUCCAGCCCCGAAGCUGAAAAAGGGAAGCUUUGGGAGCAGUUUCCUGGAAAGAGGGGCUGCCUGCUCCCGCCUCUUGCAAUGGGGCAGGGCGUCAAAGGGAAAUGGGGUGGAAACCAGGUCCCUCCCUCCCCUUGCAGCCUCAGGAGACCAGAGCCUUGGAGGGAGGGGCUGCCGCCCCUUUAUUAGUGAAAGGGAAAGCCAAGGGCCAGUCUUGUAACUCCCUUCACCCAAUAAAAAGGAGUGCUUCUGUUUGUGGGUCUCUGUGCAAAAGCCGCCCAGACCAGCUGGCUUCCAUCUGGCUCAAGAGCUGCUGCUGUUCCAGGUCCUGCCCAGGUGAACGAGGGCUGCUCUCUUCCUCGCUACAGCUUGCUGCUGGAGGGCUGCUCCUUCACGCGGAUGACGCCUUCCUGGGCGCAGCUGGCAGCCAAGACGCCGUCCCUGCGCCACAAGCGCCCGUGCACGAGGGCCCGGGACCCCCCUGCGUGUCAGAGAGAGAAGAGGAGGAGGGCGGUGGCUGAGGACUGUCUGCUGUGACGCAGAACAGCCCUCAGGUGUCUCUUCUCCCCGCACAGCCCACCCACUCUCCCUACCUGGCACCUACCUGCCCAGGGGCUCUCGCACUCAUAGAGCAUCCAGUGGUCGGCCCUGAAGGGGGCGUGGAACCACAUGGAGUGGUCCAGGGAGGCCAGGAAGCUGACCCUGUAGUGCUGGUGGGGGAAGAGGGCCGUCCGCAGGAAAGCGUAAUCCGAGAUGUAGGCGGCCACACAGCAAUGCAGCUUCAUGUCACAUUCGCCUGGAAAACAGACGAAACAUGCAAGACACGGAGGAGAGAGCAAGGCGCAGGGGGCGGGUAGCAGAGAGCCUGCUGAGGGGCUAAGAGGGGUGCCAGCGGCCCCUGUAUGAGCUGGAGAGGAGGAGGCGCAACUUGAAAGACCCAAACGAUCUCCCAAAGCAAGUUCCUCUGUCCAGAGACAAAGCUCUAGAGCUCCAGGGCAGGAGCCUGCUUGUUCCACACAUCCUUCCCCCAAAAUGUGUGUUUGUUUUUUUCUUUUUAAGGUUCUGUAAAAGAAAUAAAUUGAAUACUGAUUCAAGCGAAA